UUGCAAUGGUUUAAGUUGAAUUCCGUUUUGUUGAAUUAAAAUCCUCGCUCUAUAUAUAUAGAAUAGAAGUAGUUAUAGGAUUGAAUCAAUAAGAAGCCAAAAACAUUUGGUUGAGUAAAUUAAGAAUUGAAGAGCUAAUUAAGAUGGCAUCAAAUCAGGAAGAGGUGAAGCUUUUUGGAAUAGUGGGAAGUCCAUUUGUAACAAGGGUGGACAUAGCUCUAAAUUUGAAGGGAGUUCAAUACAAAUACGAGGAAGAAAAGUUGGGAGAGUUUAGUGAUGCACUAAUCAAAUACAACCCUGUUUACAAGAAAGUUCCUGUAUUAGUUCAUAAUGAUAAACCCAUAUCUGAGUCACUUGUGAUCCUUGAAUAUAUUGAUGAGACUUGGAAACAAAAUCCAAUCUUGCCUUCUGAUCCUUACAAAAGAGCCUUGGCUCGUUUCUGGUCCAAGUUCAUUGAUGAUAAGUGUUUGAAUGCUGCAAGGAAAGUUGCUUUUUCUCUUGAUGAGAAAGAACGUGAGGAGGGUUUUAAGGAAUUGGAAGUGGCUUUUCAAUUUCUUGAGGAUGAGCUCAAGGACAAAUUCUUUGGUGGAGAAGAUAUUGGCCUUGUUGACAUUACAGGUGUCUUCAUAGCUUUUUGGGUCCCUAUUAUGCAAGAAGUAAUAGGAUUGAAGUUGCUCACUAUUGAGAAAUUUCCCAAGCUUUACAAAUGGAGUCAAGAUUUCAACAAUCACCAAAUUGUCAAAGAAACAUUACCUAACAGAGAAACACAAUUGGCCUAUUUCAAAGCUCGUUAUGAAAGUCUUUUUGCUUCAAAAUAGAUUAAAUUAAAUGAUACAUAUAUUGGAGACUUGUAUGAACUACUACUUGGUUGUCAUUUUAGUUGUUUUUGUUUGACUUGUCAUGUCAAAUUAUAUGUGUGUGUAACCUAGGAUAUUGUCCUCAUUUACACUAUUUUGAUUAAUAAAGAAAAUCCUUAUUCCCGUGAAAAUAAAAUAUAAUUGUUUCAUAAAAA